AUGCCGGCAAUCAAAUGUGUCGUUGUUGGUGAUAAUCACGUUGGUAAAGUUGAACUUCUGAUAACUUAUACAACUGACAAAUUUCCCAGUGAAUAUGUUCCUACAGUUUUUGACAAUUAUAAAGUUGAUAUCAUGAUUGGUGAUGAUCUAUAUACUUUAGCUCUUUUUGAUACAACUGGUCAGGAAGAUUACAAUCGCCUCCGUCCUCUCUCAUAUCCUCAAACAGACGUCUUUUUGGUCUGUUUUUCUGUAACCUCACCGGCUUCUUUUGAAAAUGUCAAAGAAAAAUGUUUUCCUGAGGUUCAUCAUCAUUGUCCAGGAAUUCCAUGCCUUAUUGUUGGUACUCGAAUAGAGUUGCGAGAUGAUCCAUUGGUGAUUGAAAAGUUAUCACGACAAAGAAUGAAACCCGUAACUUCAGAGCAAGGCGAAAAACUCGCUCAAGAAUUAGGAGCAAUUAAGUAUGUUGAGUGUUCAGCCCUUACUCAAAAAGGCGUGAAAAAUGUUUUUGAUGAAGCAAUAGUUGCUGCUCUUGAGCCAGUUCCAUAUAUUAUAAAGCGUCCUAGGAAUAAAAGGUUGUCCUUGGAUAUAAUGCUGAAUAAAAUAAAGUAUGUAAAUACUAUGUUGCUAUGA